AUGUCUAGCCAUGAACAUAAUGGGCGAUCGCCCAUGGCCAGCCGGCGCGUCCGGAGGCACGCGAUGGGAAUCAGAAGCACUGUUUCCCUGAUCCGUGCGGACCGCCUGGUCAAGGUACCUGAGCACCUUAGGCCCCAGGAACCUGCUGCUCGUGAAACCCGCGUGGAGGAUCGGCCUCUGCUCACGCGAGUGUACGACAAGCUGUUCAAAACACACCGGGAGGGCUACGUGCGCAAGGUGCUCCUCAGCUUUGCCGGCGAGGGCAGUGGCGGGAUGCUGACACGCGACCAGCUGCGUGCCGCCCUGGAGCAGCUGCACGUGGGGCUGGAGCCCGGGGAGCGGGAGAGGGUCAUCGCCCGGGUGGUCCCCCAGGAGGGCGGCAGGGCGCACUACCUGGACUUUGUACGGGCAUUUGAGGUUCCGGCGCCGCUGGGGGGUGAGGAGGUGGCGACGGCGCGAGGGAUGAGUGUGCCGGGACCGCCUGUCGUACGGCCUGGCGGCGGCGGAAGCAGCGGCGCCGGCGACGGCGGCGGCAAGUCGUACUGGAACUGGCAGCGACACGGCCGUCAGCGCAUGCCGGGGUUGCUUGAUCAGGCUCGGGAGGACAACAGCGAGCAGGCACACAACGACGCCAUGCUGACUGCGCUGGUGGUUGCCAAGUUAGGCAACUGCCGUGGCAAGCUGCGGGCGGUGUUUCGACAAAUGGAUUCCGACCGCAACUCGCUCAUCGACCCAGAGGAGUUUGCAAAAGGGCUGGCCCAGCUCGCGGUGGAGGUUGACCGCCCCCAGGUCGACCGCCUGUUCGAGCUCUGUGACCAGGAUCGCAACGGGGUCAUAGACUACACGGAGUUUGCACGAAUGUUCGAAGAACCAGGACUCCGCAGCAACAAUAACAACAACCGCAAAAGCGGCAACACCGCCGGGAAUGGCGGCACAACCAACACAACCGCCAGUGCCGUACCUCUGUCUCUGUCUCUCGGUCUCAGCCCGGACGAGAUCCAGGGGGCCCUGCGUCAGCCUUUGGUUUUGGAGCUGGCUCGCAGUUUGUACGGCAAGGGGAUUGUUGCUUUGGCGCCGUUUAAGCAGCUGGACCUGCCGCUGUGUGGCCGUCUGGAUGUGCGGGGGAUGACGGAGGCGUGUACGGCACUAGUGCCUGGCCCCCCUCCCCACACCUCAGACCAGGGCCCUAUCCGCGCCUCCGCCCACCCCCCCGCCCCGCCACUACCGCUCCCCAGCAAAGCCACCGGCGACCGGGACAGCCUCUACCAGCUACACGCCACCGCAAUCGCCCCGUUGAUGGCGUCGCUAAACCGAGCUGCUGCGGCCGCGGGGGAGCCCGCCCUGCCGUACAUGUCUAGGAGCAUGGACGCUGCGUCGCACAGCAGUAAAGCGCCGUCACACGCGACAGGUCUCUAUAUCCGCUUCUGGUCCAGGCGCUACGGAGACACAAGCUCCGUCACCUGUCCCAACCCCGGCACCUCCUCGUCCUCCCUGCCCGAGGGGCCCUAUGUACGGAAGUCCAGUAACUCGGAGUACCUGCACUACCAGAAGGAGGACAAGGCCAAGGAGGCGCGGAGGAGGGCGCAGCAAGUACACCGGUACGCCGCACGCUCCGAAAUCGAUUCGGGCUACUCGGGCCAAGACGAUGCGAGCGGUGCCGACGAUGGGCGACGGGCGGUCGCGAAGGCGGCGAGGCAGAGGUACGAGGAGCGUUGCGAAAUGUACGACAGGGUACGGCAGAUGCAGGACAAAGGCAACCAGACGUUUUUUGGCCGGUUGCCCGUGUUUGGGGAGCACAAGAGCGACGUUGCCAACAUGCCCGUGUGGGCGGAUCAGACCAAGACAUACUGGUGACGGUUUUAGUGGUUUUAGCGGUUUUUUGACUUUGAACAUAGCCAUGUAAACCGUGUAUUCCUUGCCUAGACGAAAGGGAUUCAGAUGACGACGCACAACGCAAUAGCAGUAUACUAGUUUCAUGUGCGCGCCGCCGCGUGUACGACUGUUAGGUGCUUUUGUGUGUACGAGCGGAAGAGACAAGUGGAC